CCCGUGCCCCAGCGAGCCCCAGAGGAGGAGGAGGGGGAGGGUCCCGAGCCCCCCCAGGACCCCCCCCCGCAGCCCCCUCCCCUCCGCCGCAAGUCCUCGGCCAACUACCGGAGCUACGCCGUGGAGCCCCACGCCAAGAGAAAAUCCAAAAUUUCGGCAUCUCGCAAGCUCCAGCUGAAGACGCUGCUGCUGCAGAGGGCGAAGCGGGAGCUGGAGAAGGAGGAGCAGGAGAGGGCGGCCGAAAAACUUCGGGUGCUGGGGGAGCUGUGCCCACCCCUGGCGGCCCUGGAGGGGAUGGGGGUGACCGAGCUGCAGGAGCUGUGCCGCCAGCUGCACGCCCGCGUGGCGCGCGUGGACGAGGAGCGCUACGACAUGGGGACGCGCGUCAGCAAGAACGUCACCGAGCUGGAGGAGCUGCGUCGCCGCGUGGCCGCCGGCCGCUUCGUGCGGCCCAACCUGCGCCGGGUGCGGCUGUCGGCCGACGCCAUGAUGGCGGCGCUGCUGGGCACCAAACCCCGCGUGGGCACCGACCUGAGGGCGGGGCUGCGCCAGGUGCGCAAGGACGACGCCGAGAAGGAGAGCUACGAGGUCGGGGACUGGCGCAAGAACGUGGACGCCAUGAGCGGGAUGGAGGGGCGCAAGAAGAAGUUCGAGGGGGCGGCGGCCUGAGGGAGGAGCCCCCAUGGAGUCCCUCUUUCAUUAUCACCUUCAUCAUCACCUUCAUCAUCACCUUCAUCAUCACCACCACGGGCACUGGCACUGCACGACCCCCCACCCAGAACAGACCCCCUCCCCAAAUAAACUUCCCUUUCAGCAUCAA